GGAUGUGGUUCAGGGAGUUGGCACAGGAGAGAGUGUUGCCGUGGGCAGGGGUGCACGCUCGCUUGGGAUCUGCCACGCUGCCCAUCAGGUGGCAUCUGAGAACGGCCUCUCCCGAGUCCCUCCGCGCCUGUGAGCCACAGAGGGCCACUUUGUGUGGCACCUCUGGUCUCGGUCAUGAUGCCCAAGCAUGCACUGGAUACGCCUAUCUCACCCCUCCCGGGGGUGGGACAGGCUGAUGUUACUGCCACUGGAACGGUUUCAGCAGCUGGAGGGGACUGCCUUCGGUGAGCUUCCCGCCUCUGCCCGUGUGCCCUGUCUCCUGCAGGCUGGGGACUCACUCGGUGACGGCAGCUCUGUGCUGGAUUUCAUGUCUGUGAAGUCGUAUUCGGACGUCUCUCUGGACAUCUCCAUGCUUGGGUCUCUGGGGAAGGUGAAGAAGGAGCUGGACCCUGACGAUAGCCACCUGACCCUGGAUGAGACGGCCAGGCUCCUGCAGGACCUGCACGAGGCGCAGACGGAGCGUGGGGGCUCCCGGCCACCCUCCAACCUCAGCUCCCUGUCCAACCCCUCCCCCUCCGACAGGGAGCAACGCCACCUGGGAAGCCCUUCUCGCCUCAGUGUUGGUGAGCAGCCCGAGGUGACCCACGACCCUUAUGAAUUUCUUCAGUCCCCAGAACCUGCAGCCUCUGCAAAGAGCUAGCCUAACGGAGCAUCUUCAACUUUUUUUAUAUUUUUUUAUUUGCAUGUAUAGUCUUUGUUGUGAGAGACUUUCAUUUUGUUCCCUCUGCCAUGUGGGAGGCAGCCCUGGGGAUGGGGUGCCUCGUCUGCAAUCACGUCAGCCACAGUGCAGUGUUUCUGUAGCAGCUGCGGUCCUGAACAGUAGAGAACAUAGAUAAAGGCGUGUGACCAGACAGUGUGGGCUGCUGUGGUCUCCCAGCACCCUUCCCUAGCCACCCUGGGGAGGCAGAAGAGGGUGUGUCUGUCCGCCUUCUGUUGGGAGCCCCGCCUGUCCCUGGGGCCUCCCAGGUCCCGGGCAUGUCAUGAUGAAGAGUGUUCUGGUGUGGUGAGCAGCUGACAUGCCCUCUGGCCUGGGGCCAGCUGGCAGUUAGAACAGUGUCCCCUCCUCUAAACCUCGAAAGGCCCGAGUUCUGGUAGAGACAGUAAGCUGCCCCCUGGCUGUGGUGAGAAACUGCCUGCCCGAGGACAUGUCCUGGACACCCGUUCACAUUUGAAGAACACAGCACAGAUCUUGACAAAAGGCACACACGGUCCUGUGAGACGCCCACUUCUGAGUGACUGAAGGAAAAUCCUUUCCCAGAAGAUGGGGGUGGUUCCUCCUGCUGUCGUCUCCCAUCUUCUCAGCAUCUAGACCUGUUCUCCACCCGCUGCGAGGCCUACGGUCACCCACCGAGCUGCCUGCUGUGCCCCUCAGUGUGAGAGCAGAAUGGAAUCCACUACCUCGGGGGCAGGGUCAGUCCUGAGGGAGGAGGUAUGCCUGCCUGGGACGGUGGGCCUGCUGGCCACCGACUGCCCGGGAUGCAGGCCGGCCCCAGCACUGUCUGGAUUGGAGAAAGGUCCCAGCACCCGUGGGAGGCGAUGUGUGUCCGGCGUAAGAAGAAAAGAGUUUGUCAGCUGGGUGUCAGCGAAGGAGCAGACACCCAGGGGCAGGCCCAGGAGCUCGGACCCACUGCAGCUGGCCCUCUGCUGGCCCCAUGCCCAUGAGCGCCCACAUCUGUGCCACCCCGCAUCCAUGGGCAUCCCAGGUGGUGCGGCGGUAGAAUCUGCACUUCUAGGCUUGGGUUGGGGGUGGGUGCUGCACUCGCCCAGCCCUGGUUCUGGAUGGGUCUCGAGGGUGUGGGUGCUGCGGUCACCAUCCGGGAGCCUUUCCCACUUCCCGGCCCACGGCCUGAGUCCAUGUCCAUGCCGACGUGGGCACAGUGCACAAUGGCAAGGCUGGCUGAGACACGGUGAGGGCCUAGAGCCCCAGACUCCAGGAGGGCAUGGACUCCACCUCAGGGGCCCUGCCAGAUGGUGUGAGCACCACCUGGCUCAGUGCAAAGCUGCAGCUGCCUCCUGCCCCGGGCUGUGGUGCAGAUGGUCAGGCCAGGUGGGCAGCCCGGUGCCCCUGAGAGCAAAUGCACAGCGAGGCCUAUGUCGCUGCUCAGGAAGCUGCAUGCCCACUAGGAAGUGGGUCCCCAGGAGCAUCCAGGGCCCAGGCCUUUCCUUCUUAAUCUUCAUUUGGUAAAAAGGUGAUACAAAAAUGUGUUCUUUGUUCUCUGUAUGGUGAGCAAGCGCUGCCUUUGUGGCUUCUGGAGUCACCUUCAUGGAGCACAGGUACCUCUGAGGAAGGAUCAUUUCUUAAAAGGUGUGAGCAGCUGGGCCCCCCAACCCCACUGGAGGAUUGAGGUCCCCUGGGCUGGUGCCUCCCUGCCCCUGAAACCCUGGCAAGCCCUGUGCCACACGGGACCUGGCUGGGGGCCUACUGCACACCAGGGGCCCGUGUGGAGGCCACCCACCCCAACAGGACUGGGGUGGCCAUCAUGGCCAUACACGUGUCUGGCUGUUGAUCCCGAGUUAUCAGACAUCUUCAGGAGCUGUGAGGCCAUCCUGAUGGACAGCCUUGGCCACACAUCAGCCCCAUUCAGGAGUCACAACCUCGCCACGGACCACAUCUUUCUCAGGGUGAAAGAAUGCCUGCUUUUGAGGGGUGAAUGCCUUUGUUUUUAGGGACCAAUGACUGUGGCUCAUAUCUUCCGCAGCCGCGGCCCCUGCUAUGCCAUUGGCUGGUCUCAGGUCUGAGACCCCAGUCAUGUGGUCUCAUUGCCUGGUGUCCCUGUGGUACAUGGUGGGCUCCAUCCACGCCACUGUCUCGGGCCUGGCUGGGCAGCACUGUGGCUGGCAGUAGCUGGCUGUGGGAAUCUGGGCUCCUGCCUCACUUGGAUGCGGUUUUUGGUCGGAGGUCAGUGCCACUCUGUUGGUGGCAACUGGGGCCUGCCCAAAGUGGGUGCUUGCUUGUAGGGGCCCUGGGAGGCAGCCACCUUCUCCACUGCCUGGUGACUGUGCUCCGGCUGCCCAUUCCCUGGGUCCCUGAGCCUGGGGAUGCCAGGAAAGCGUCUUGGGCCUCGGUCUCUGCUGCCUAUUGUCAGCCAAGGAUUCUGGGUGAGCAUCCCUGUCGACCUACGGAAGCCUUGCUCCCUGGAGAUCUGCAGGACAGCACCUCCUGGCUGGGGGCACACAGCAGCUCAAGGAAGCGGGAUCCAGGUGUGAAUGUUUGAUGCUAUGGAGCCAUCUGAGCGAAGCCUCUGCAUGUGGCCGUGGCCGUGGAGAGCCCAGGCUGCAUCUGCUGUCGGCUCAGGCCAGGGCCCCCGUGUAUGGAGAACCAUGCGGACUGCAGCCCCAGCCAGGGCCCUGCAGGCAGACCUCAUCCCAGUCAUCGGGGCAUGUGUGCCCACCCUCCAUCAUGAUGCCCUCAGGCUGUGGGUCUGACUGGAGGGAGUGGGCCUGCAGCGGGCGACUUCUUCAUGCAAUGCACAUCAUGAAUGGAGAGUCUUGGUGUUUGCAGAGCCUGCACCCUCCACGUCUUCACAUAUCUGGCCUCGUGGUGCUCACGUGGUGGCAGUUUGUCUGGGUCUGUUUUAGGGUCAGAAUGCUCGGAACCUAGAGACCUGUUCUGCUCAGUCCUACAGACUCUGACGCCAGACUCGAGGGUCCACCUCAGUGAUUGUGCUCCUCCCAGGACAUGCGUGGGACCGGGGACCAGCUGCAGGCUCCCCAGCACAGGCCUGCAGUCAGCUGCCCCGGGACAGUCACAGUCCUGCACACACUCGCCCUCCUCCCUGUCUGCCUCGCUGUCUGGAUGUCCCGGCAGAUACCGUGUCUCCGGCUCCUGUUCUGCACGACACUUGGGUUCCUAUCACACCUGCGACAGUUCCCGUACUCCCUGAAAUCAGGGUUCCUGGAAUUCCCCAGAAUGCUGGAACUGGUCUCCACCAGUGUCCCUCCUGUUUGCUGGCCCUCCCAUCCAGAUGCUGCCUUUAUUUGGAGAUUGGGUCCAGUACAGACAGCCUCUUUGUGUUCUGGGCCCCAGCACCUUGGCCUUGCUCCACAAACAUGUUCUCUCAGGAUGCCCAGGAUUCUCACAUAGGCUCGGGCCCCCAUGACUCCAAAUCCACCUGACACCCCAUCCAGAGAACGAGAGCGGGCGGCCAGGAGCAGUGAACCAUAGCCCCGGUCUGCUCCGAGGAUUCUCAAGGGGUGGUCCCAACGCUGGGAGCCACAGAGCAGUCCUCCCGCCCACCAUCACGCCAUACUAACGUGGACUCCAUUUCCUGGGCAUUGUGUUCCCAGGAGACCAGGGCUUAGUGUGGCAGGUCUGCUGCUGCUCAGUCCCACCUGUGCGGCUGACAGGCGGCUCGCCCCAACACCCCUGAACACUUGCAGUACCCUCCUUUCCUGAGGGCCCUGCCCCCUGGCAUCCCAGAAGCACUGCGGUUCCCUCCCAGCUGCCCAGCCCCAGGCAGCUCCAGGAUGCCAGCGGGCCGUGGCUGACAGGUCUUCCCACCCGUGGAAGGAAUGGCACAGGGCGUGUCAUGGAUGAAAAGGGCCGUCAUCCCUCCGGCCACUUUGCUUUUCCUGCGUUUCCCCAGUUUCCCUGGGGUUGGGCCUCUGAUACGGGUUUUCUGCCUGCAUCUGGGGAAUCUCCAUAUGGGUCUAUUGCAUUUUAAACAGGUCCUGGGACUCUGCUGGAGUGGUUCCCUGGCUGGGAGCCACUGGGAACUGCGUGCGCCUGGGGUCCUGGCAGAUGGGAGCCCCUCCUGCUCGUCUUGUGGGCUACAUGCCUCCCAGGGCUGUCUGCAGCUGUGCCACCACUGUGGUAACGGUAGGCUCUGCAGGACCCCUGACCCCUGUCGGCUCUGCCACCAAAGGCCGUCCCUGGCCCCCAGGGUCCCCUGGCCAUGCCACACUGCAGACAGGAGUCCAUGGCCUGCCGUGCCCUUGCUCCGUCUUGCAGCAGGAGCUGCAGAUGGGUCACCCCAGAAGCCGCAGCGGACGGGGAAGCUGGCCUUGCCACCUCACCUGUCCUGAGUGAGCAGCUGGUUGAAGCCCCUGCACUCCUUCCAGGCGGUGGCCUGGGCCACGUUCCUCAUCUUGGCUGUCACCAGCUUUGGCAUCUUCAGCCCCUUCCUGUCACACAACUGGAAAUUGACCGGUGGGCUCUUCUUUUUCCACUGCUUAGCAGCCCACUUGCUGGCCAUGUCCACUGACCCGGCUAAGGCCAGCGUUCCCUUCAAGAAUGACUCCAAGCCUAUGCUGACCUUCCACUGGUCCAAACACACACAUGUGAUUCAGAACCAAAGCAAAACUGGCCUCCGCCUCACCUUGGAACCCCAGCAUCAUUGCCACCUGUGUGACAUCACCGUCAGUGCAAAAGCCAAGCACUGCAGCACCGGUAACAAGUGCAUCUCUGUCUUCAACCACCACUGCAAGUGGUUCAACAACUGCGUGAAGGGUGGGAACUACUCGCACUUCUCCAGCUCCGUGGCCUCUGCCUCGGCGGGCCUGCUGGGCCUGGUGGUCAUCCUGCUGCACAUCUUCACCCAGUUCUUCGUCGACCCAGAGAAGCUCUGCACAGACUCCUGCUACAAAGGUGUGCCACUGCCACUUCCAGGGUUGUGCCCGCUCAGUAACCGUGUCUUAGCCUCACUCUCCACCAUCUUCUGGGUAAAGGUCUUCAUUCUGGAUCUGCAGAGUGGGAAUCACAAUGCCCACUGCAGGCAGGAGGGGCUGCAAGGGCGCUUAGUCUCCAGCAAGAACACACAGCUGCUGUUCCUGCCCUUGUUCCCCAUAAGGACGAAGACCUCAGUGGCCCUGGGCAUCGGGGCGGUCAUGCUGCUCUUGGACAUCGACGGCCUCCUGCUGCUCGGGCCGCUCGUAUUUCACCUCUACCUGAGUAUGUGCCUCUGA